CUUCAGUUCAAAAUGGCAGCAUCUUCAAGCAUGGAGUGUGGGGAUUUUUUGGAAUUUCAGGACUCUUUACAAAAGAUGAGACAGAUAGAUGACAAAAUAAUUUACUUAUUAAAUACAACUAUUCCUACGGAAUCAUUUCGGGGUCAAGUAGAUGCUACUUCUAAAUGUAAAGAUUUAUUCCAACAAAUUCAAUCAGGCCAUUCACAAAGGGAAAUUGCAAUUAAAAAGUGUAUGGAUUCAUCACGUGAAAAGGUCAAACGAUUGAAAGAAGAAAAAGAAAAAAAACCCGAUGAUGUUUCAGUGCUUAAAUCAUUAAGACAAGAACAAACAACUUUGAGGCUGUUGGAAUCUGAAUUAGGUGUUGAAGAAGUAGUUAAAAAUCGUACCAAUCAAAUUUAUAUGGCUAAAUGUCGUGGGUAUUAUAAACCAAGUACUUAG